AUGACGGGCCUAUCAACCGAAAAUGGUUCCACGGAGCCUGAUGAGAGAGCAGCAUUGCUCGGCGACAUUGCUCGCAGUAACUCUGGCCUCCGUCCGCGACAGCAGAAGCAGCACUGGUCUCACUGGCCGAGGCGUGUGGCUCAUUUGACCUGGUCGACUCUCGUUCGCGAUUAUGUCAAUGUUCUGCUCAUUUUCGUGCCGCUCGGUAUCGUCUCCGGUGCUCUUCAUUGGGACAGCACGGUCAUUUUCACCUUGAACUUUCUAGCAAUCAUUCCUCUGGCCUCUCUUCUGAGUUUCGCGACUGAAGAACUGGCAGCUACCAUGGGCCAAGCCCUGGGAGGCUUGAUGAAUGCCACGUUUGGCAAUGCCGUGGAGUUGAUCGUCAGUAUCAUUGCUCUAAAAGACAACCAAAUUCGCGUGGUCCAAGCUAGUAUGCUUGGUAGCAUCCUGUCCAACAUUUUGCUCGUUCUCGGCUGCUGUUUCUUCGUCGGUGGUCUCAAGUACUCGCAGCAAUCUUUCAAUAGCACGGUAGCCUCGACAAUGUCAUCCCUGAUGACCGUUUCGUCUGCUUCGCUGAUCAUUCCCGCCACCCUUUACGCCUCUUUGAGUGGCUCCAAAGAUAAGGAGCAACGACGUGACAACAUCCUGAUCCUCUCGCACGGAACUGCCAUCAUCCUUCUGGUUCUCUAUGUGAUGUACCUCUACUUCCAGCUCAAGUCGCAUGCGGAGCUUUUCGAGGCAGCCAACGAUGAGCUCAAUGAUACAGAGAACCAGGGCGGCGAAGUAGAAGAGGCUGAGGAGGAGGAGCGCUUGCUCAGUCCGUGGGCGGCCACUGUUGCAUUGAUUGUCGUCACGGUCUUGGUUGCUAUCUGCGCCGACUAUCUGGUUGGAAGUAUUGACAGCAUUGUGACGAAGACUGGCAUGAGUCGCACGUUCAUCGGUCUGGUUCUCAUUCCCAUUGUUGGAAAUGCCGCAGAGCAUGUGACCGCUGUUGUUGUCGCCUGGAAAGGAAAAAUGGAUCUUGCCAUUGGUGUUGCCAUCGGAAGCAGUCUUCAGAUCGCUCUGUUUGUCACGCCAUUCCUGGUCAUUCUUGGAUGGAUCAUGAACGUGGAUAUGACACUUCAUUUCCAUAUCUUCGAGACCAUGGCCUUCUUCAUCUCUGGACUGGUCGUGACAUUCCUGAUUCAGGACGGAAAGUCGAAUUACCUCGAGGGUGGACUGUGCUUGGGAAUGUAUCUAAUUCUGGCAAUUGCCUUCUACAUCUACCCAGACGAUGUCAACGAAGACGCCCUAUUCAACCACUAA